GGCCGUUCUGGCUGCCCAUGAUGGCAGCAGCGGCGGUGGCGGUAGCGAUGACGACGGGGGCGACCUCCUCAUCCAAGCCGUUUGGCACCAGGCACUUUUUUGCCCUCUUGUAUGGGGACGGGGGGCUCUCGCGAGCCGUCGGUCGGCAUGCGCGCGGCCAAGCCCGCCGCGGCGGCGGCUAGGCCAGUCGCGGCGGGGAUGGCCGAAGCAGCUGAAGGUGCUGCUUUGCGGUGUGGUGAGGCGGGCGUGGCCACCGCGCUCGACCGCAUCCGGGGCGCUCUGUGGGGCCUCUACAUCGGGGACGCGAUGGCCAUGCCAUCCCACUGGUAUUACGGCGGUGCUGCACAGGUCGCCCGAGAUUAUGGUGGACCGAUUCGAGGCUAUGUACAGCCGCGGAAGGAGCUUGCCGGCUCGAUCAUGAACAAGAGCAGCACCGGCGGAGGCGGCCGGGGCUCGGACUCAGGAGAAAUCAUCGGGGCGGUCAUCAACCACGGCAAGAAGCAAUUUUGGACUGCUCGCGGGUCCGACUCCAGCUGUGUUGCGCAUAAUGUUUGCCACGGCCUCCUAGCACGCUUUUGAAUUGUGCUGUCACUUGAACAUGUUGAGCGAAUAUUUGGUACAUGGCAAUACUAUCGCAUUGCUGCCGCAUGAUUUACUCAUCUGUUGCGCGAUAACGUCGCAUCCGCAGCAUGGGACAGU